CAUUCUCUUUGUAAAUUAACUAGAUGUUUUAACUCCCCUUCUUUUUCACUUUUUCUGGCACAAGAACCCCAAAUCCAAUAAACACAUCCAUCCAUCUCACAAAAGGGAAAAAAAAAAGUGCAUUUCAUAUCAGAUGCUUUGCGUCAAGCCUGCUAAGGCUCAUAAAUCAGCUGUCUUAUUGCCCUGGUCAUUUCAACCAACGUCUGACCCUUUUGUUAACUUAUGAUUUAUAACUGGAAGUUACUUUUUUUUUUUUUUAAUGCCAGAUUUAUAAACUUUACUGUGCUUGGUUUGAUAUAAUAUCCAUUUUGUACACCAAGCUAUAAGACAGUAAAUUUAUUGUCUAUGAACUGUUACCUUGAAAAAUUACAUCAAUGCAAAGUGGUUUCCAUUUAGAAUCAAUGGGCAAUAAAUUCAUUGGAUUUUUUUUUUUUUAAGGGGGAGAGAACAUGAUGAUAUUUAUGAGGUCAUGAGCAGCUAUAUAACGGGUGAAACUGGGAGCAGGGGCAACAGUCAAACAGGAGUUCUGCAUUACAGGGGUAGACGAAGACGAAAUAUAUUCAACACAGCAACGAUGCAUAAGCUGGUAUUCUGCUGUCUCAUUAUUAUCAGCUUCUCCUGUCCUCUCUCAUCUCUCCCCAUCAUCAACGCCAGUGAGAUGUCUUAUCAACUCUCAGCUGAUGAAGAUUCAAGAUCAAAUCUGGAGCGGAUGGGCAGCCUAAGAAGCACUUCCUUGCUUCAGUUUCUGCCAGAGCUCUUGGGCACACUGACUGAAGACAACAAAGCAGGUCUUAGCCCCAGCAGCUACAAUGCAAGGGAAAAUAUCAAAGAGACUUUCUAUGGAAAUCAUCCUCGAAUUGCUUUGCUGGGCCGCUUCUUGACCAAGGACAGGAAACAGUACAAGAAACGUGGGAAUCUUUCCGAGUGCUUCUGGAAAUAUUGUGUGUAAACAGGAGAAGAAACUUUCCCUGACUUUGACUGCAUAAUUUAUACAGAUGUCUGAAAACAUGUAUAUAGAUUUGCUUGAUUUAAAAUGAGAAUGAAGAAAUACAAAGACAGCUCCUAACUUUAGACUCUAUUACCCGAAAAUUAAUAAAUUCUUGAUGUUUUGCAAUUAUGCUGUGAGCAGUGUAGUAUUUUCUUAGAGUUCAGCACAACAGGAAGAAAGUAAUGGGACAGAGAGAUAAAUAUGCAACACGAAGAGAACUCAGGCAGGGGAUGCAAGAUUCCCCUGGGGUCCUGUGAAAUCCCCCAGAAGAGUGAUGCCUCAACUGCCUCUAAGUCCAGAGGCAAGAGGACUUUCUCCUUUGUCACUUGACGUACAUUGGGGUGCAGGAAGAAAGGUGAGGGAUGGCAGCUUAACAGUGCCCAGUCCCCUCCUGCCAUCCCCAAGACACCACAAAAACAAUAAGCACAUCAGGAUCAAGCAUCUGCUCCCACUACUGCUGGGGAAAGAUAACAACUGCUUCUCUUGGUCACUUGUAAAAAAAGACCCACAAACCUAUCUCUUUGCAGCACCUUGCCUAGUCCUCAGCUGCCCAUGACAACAGGGUUGCCUAUGCAUAAUGCAGGCUUUAAGAACUGGGUCUGAUUAUCACCAAGCAUAGCAUGGAAGGUAAACACUACGGUUGUCUAUGUCACGGCUUUACACCCAGAUAGUGGACAGUCAGUGGAGGCAGACAGGGAUAACAUGACUUAAAAGAUUCUAUGACUGUGUCCUGCACUUAUAUGGCUGCACACACAGACGUGGGAAGGUGAUGUACGGACACAGAUCACAAGUGUUAUGAGGGCAAGCCACGUCCUGCUUGAGCGCUCAAGGGCAGUAGGAUUGGUUCCCCUGCGCCACCAUACGGUUUUUAUGCUGCUGUUUUAUCUUGGCAUCUAUAGUAAAUGAAGGAGAAAACAAAAGAGCAGCUGCAAAAGGGUUCUAGUCUCACUCCUUUGUAUGCAGAGUACCAGCAUACUUUUUCAAUCCUAUGUACUUCUGGAGAGUAUCUGCAAUGAAUAGAGCUAAAAAGUCAGGAAUUGUCCCUGGAGGAUGGCAAUCUUGAUAAUACGCACAAACGGUUGGAGCUGUGAAGCCCGUCCUUCCUUGUUCAAUACAUACUUCGCAUAAACCUUGUGCUAAUCAAGGCUCACAGAAAGCUUGAAUAAAACUUCACCUAACAGUGAUACACAUGCUAACAUUGAUCUCAAUAACACAGAUCAUUUAUCUCUGACUGUGCUGUUUAAACAAGGCCUAUAGGUUUGAUACAGCUUGUUCACUUCACAUAAAUUGUAAGACAGAGGAAGCCAGCUAUAACAAAGAAAAAUGUCCUUACAAAUGCAGAGCAGCUGGAUGCACUGUGCAGCUAUUUGAAAUAUUCUGAACAUUCAUCCUUCUCUUACACAAUGGAGCAAGUCAGCACCUGUCUGGAAAUUACUCCUUUCCUGCCACCUCAUCGGUCAAUAAAAACUUGUAAGAAAAGACUUCAAAUUUAUCUAAGUGAAUAGCCAUCUAAGAUUUAUUUCAUAGACAGGGAAAGGUGCAGAGCCUACAAAGACUGGGG